AUGACUAAAGCUUUUGAUCGGAUCAAUCACAGAAAACUAAUUAACAAAUUGAGGAAUUUCGGCUAUGGAGGAAGCUUGCUGAAAUGGUUCUCUUCGUAUUUAACCGGCCGUCGUCAGCGAGUCACAGUACUUGGCGCUACAUCGAACACACUUCCUAUAUCAUCAGGUGUCUCGCAAGGCUCCAUCCUUGGACCAGUUCUGUUUUUGUUAUAUGUCAACGGCCUUCCUGAUUUAGUAACAACCAGCAGAGUAGCAAUGUUUGCUGAUGAUACGAAGCUAUUCUCGGCGAUCAAAUGUCAAAGUGAUGCG